AUGGUUCAGAUCCGUGAUCCAAAUACUUGUGCAAAUUUCAAUGAAAUUACUAUAGAAAAUAUUAAUUUUGAUUGGUUUGUUGAUUUUGAAAGGACAAGAAUUGUUGGUGCUGCAAUAUUGAAUUAUAGAGUUUUGAAGGAUACUGACAAAAUUAUUCUUGAUAUAAGCGAUCAAACUAUUUGUUCAAUUAAAUUGAAUGGAAAAAAAUGUAAAGCUCGAAGUGGAGAAAUUCCACUUGUUGGAAAAUAUUUAUUGAUAGAUGGGCAAUUUAGUUCCGGGGAGAAAGGCAAAAUCGAAUUUCAAUAUUCAACUUCAAGUUCAGCUUCAGCUCUUCAAUUUGUAGAAUCGUCGUUAACCGCAGACCGUACACACCCAUUUUUAUAUAGUCAAUGCCAACAAAUACAUGCUAAAUCACUCGUUCCAUGCAUGGAUACUCCAGCAGUUAAACAAACAUAUACAGCUAAUAUAACUGUUCCAAAAGGAAUGCAAUGUUUAAUGAGUGCCGUUUUGUUAGAAGAUGAGGGACGUCCAAUAAAUAAUCGAGAAAUAAAUGGAAGUGAACAAUUUGUUCAAUUUAAUUUUUUACAGAAAGUACCAAUCCCCUCCUAUUUAUUUGCUAUAGUUGUUGGAGCUUUAGUUAAACGUGAUAUAAGUAAAAGAUGUGCGGUAUGGGCAGAACCUUCAAUGGUGGAUAUUGCUCAUAAAGAAUUUGAGGAGACUGAAAAAAUGUUGGAAAUUGCAACAGAAUUAAUGGGGGAAUAUCGUUGGGGACGUUUUGAUAUGAUUGUUUUACCUCCAUUUUUCUCAUUUGGGGGCAUGGAAAAUCCUUGUAUGACUUUUGUAACACCAACAAUAAUUGCCGGUGAUCGUUCAUUAACGACUGUUGUUGCCCAUGAAAUAGCUCAUAGUUGGACUGGAAAUUUAGUUACAAAUGCUUCUUGGGAACAUUUUUGGUUAAAUGAAGGGUUUACUGAAUUUGUUGAAUAUAAAAUUCUUGGGAAAAUAUUUGGAGAACAAUUUCGUCUUUUUAUGCAUUUAUCUGGAUGGGAAGAUCAUUUACGAAUGUGUAUUUACGAAACAUUUCAUCCCGAACAUCCAUUUACUCGUUUAAUUGUUCCUUUAGAUGGGCAAUGUGCUGAUGAUGUUUUUAGUCCAAUUCCCUACCAAAAAGGUGCUGCUUUACUUUUAUUAUUAGAACAACGGUUAGGAGAUCCGCCUCGUUUUGAACAAUUCCUUCGAAGUUAUAUUAACAAAUUUGCCUAUAGAUCAAUUGUUACAGAUGAAUGGAUGGAUUAUCUCUACGAAUUUUAUGAUGACAAACGUUCAAUUUUGGAUUCAAUUAAUUGGAAUAACUGGUUACACAGGCCAGGAAUGCCUCCUCAAAAGCCGACUUUUGACGAAACUUUAUUAAAAAUUUGUAAAUCACUUGCCAAUAAAUGGUUAUAUGGUUCUGAUAAAGAAAUAAAUGAACUUGGAGCUAAUGAAUUCGAAGAAAUGAUGACUGCACAAAAAGAAAAAUUUUUCAGUCUUUUGGAUGUUGAUAUAUCAAGUGGAAGUGCUCAUUCAUUCAAUCAUGAACGUAUUGAAAUUAUGGAAAAGAAAUAUUCAUUAAAUACUACAGGAAAUUGUGAUGUUAAAUGUCAAUGGAUUUUGGUAGCUUUACAAGCUAAAUGGGAGCCAAUAAUUCCAAUUGCUUUAAAAUUUGUUUCUGACAUUGGACGUGUUAAAUAUGUCCGUCCCUGCUAUCAAAGAAUGUUUGAAUGGAAAGUUAGCCGUGAAAGUGCUUUGGAAACUUUUGAGAGAAAUAAGCCUAGAAUGCACAAUUUUACUAUUCAAUUCGUCCAAAGCUUAUUAAACAAUAAAAACAAAAAGGGAGCUAAUAAUGAAGUGAAAACAUCUAAAGAAAAUAAUAGUAUAAAUGAACAUAUUGAGAAUGGAAUUGAAGUUAGUGAAGAUAUUUAUUUAAAUAUUUCAAAAGAGGAAGAUAAAAAAGAUGAUUUUAAAAGUAAUAAAAACAGAAAAUUGGUUUCACCGAAUGGAAUUAAAAAAGCAACAAAUGGAUGUCAAAAAACAAAAUAA